CUGCAUUCAGACCAGGAUAAAGGAGAUGGAUCACUUAAAUACAUCCUUUCUGGAGAUGGAGCAGGAGACCUCUUCAUUAUCAAUGAAAACACUGGUGACAUCCAGGCCACAAAGAGACUAGACAGGGAAGAAAAGCCUGUAUAUAUACUCCGUGCCCAGGCUAUAAACAGGAGGACUGGAAGACCAGUGGAACCAGAAUCUGAGUUCAUCAUUAAGAUCCAUGAUAUCAAUGACAAUGAGCCAAUGUUUACAAAGGAUGUUUACAAUGCCAGCAUUCCCGAAAUGUCAGAUGUUGGUACCUUUGUUGUGCAAGUUACUGCCACUGAUGCUGAUGAUCCUACAUAUGGGAACAGUGCAAAAGUUGUCUACAGCAUUCUCCAGGGACAACCAUAUUUCUCAGUUGAAUCUGAGACAGGCAUUAUUAAAACUGCUUUACUAAACAUGGACCGUGAAAACAGGGAGCAAUACCAAGUGGUCAUCCAGGCUAAGGACAUGGGAGGCCAGAUGGGCGGAUUAUCAGGAACCACCACCGUGAACAUCACAUUGACUGACGUAAAUGACAAUCCACCUCGCUUCCCCCAGAGCACAUACCAAUUCAGAGCUCCUGAGUCUAUGCCACCUGACUCACCAGUUGGCAGAAUAAAAGCUAAUGAUGCUGACGUGGAUGAAAAUGCAGAGAUCGAAUACAGCAUCACUGAGGGGGAUGGAUAUGACAUGUUUGGAAUUACCACAGACAAGGACACACAGGAAGGAAUUAUAACUGUCAAAAAGGCACUGGAUUUCGAAAAUAAAAACCUGUAUAUUCUGAAAGUAGAAGCUACCAAUACUCACGUGGACCCUCGAUUCCUCUACCUGGGGCCAUUCAAGGACUCAGCUACAGUCAGAAUUCAGGUGGAGGAUGUAGAUGAACCCCCCGUAUUCAGCAGACCAGCAUAUAUAAUGGAAGUGAAAGAAGAUGUUCCAAUAAACAGUGUAAUAGGAACAGUAACUGCUCAGGAUCCAGAUGCUGCCAAGAACCCUGUCAAGUACUCCGUAGAUCGACACACUGAUAUGGACAGAGUAUUCAACAUCAAUUCAGGAAAUGGUUCGAUAUUUACUUCAAAACCCCUUGACCGGGAAACACUGCUAUGGCACAACAUUACAGUAAUAGCAGCAGAGAUCAACAACCCAAAACAAAGCAGCCGUGUCCCAGUGUUCAUUAAGGUUUUGGAUGUAAAUGACAAUGCUCCAGAGUUUGCCAUGUUUUACGAGACCUUCGUCUGUGAAAAUGCAAAGGCAGAACAGCUGAUACAAACACUAAGUGCUGUUGAUAAAGAUGAUUCUUACAGUGGACAUCAGUUUUCAUUCUCCUUAGCUCCCGAGGCAGCCAGCAGCUCAAACUUUACACUACAGGACAACAGAGACAACACAGCGGGGAUUUUCACCCGAAAAACCAGAUACAACCGACAUGAAAUAAGUACCUACUUCUUGCCAGUGGUAAUAUCAGACAAUGACUACCCUAUCCAGAGCAGCACUGAAACGGUGACUAUUCGAGUAUGUGCUUGCGACCAUCGAGGAAAGAUGCUGUCCUGUAAUGCCGAAGCCUUGAUUCAUCCUACUGGUCUUAGCACUGGGGCUCUUAUUGCCAUUCUUCUCUGUAUCAUUAUAUUACUCAUUACAGUGGUGCUGUUUGCAGCACUGAGACGGCAGCGGAAAAAAGAGCCUUUGAUUAUUUCCAAAGAAGACAUCAGAGACAACAUUGUCAGUUAUAAUGAUGAAGGUGGUGGAGAGGAGGACACCCAGGCAUUUGAUAUCGGCACGCUGAGGAAUCCCGAAGCCAUAGACGAUAAUAAAUUACGGAGAGACAUUGUGCCGGAAACACUUUUUAUGCCACGGCGGACUGCAACAGCACGAGAUAACACGGAUGUCAGAGAUUUCAUUAACCAAAGGUUAAAGGAAAAUGAUACAGAUCCAACGGCACCCCCGUAUGACUCGUUAGCAACCUACGCAUACGAAGGUAAUGGUUCUGUGGCCGAGUCCCUCAGCUCCUUGGAGUCGGUGACUACAGACGGAGAUCAGGACUACGAUUACCUCAGUGACUGGGGGCCUCGGUUUAAAAAGCUGGCAGAUAUGUAUGGCGCAAUGGACAGUGACAAAGACUCUUAAUAUGUUGCCUUUUUUUUUUUUCUCUUUUUUUUUUUUCCCUUCCUCAUUUUCAGAAACAGCAUUGAGAUAUGUGAAGUGGCUAUUUCUUUAUAUUUCUCCACAGCUGUGUGAAAGGGUUCUCUGUUCUACACGUUCAAAUUGUUUAAUGACUGCAGCCUGUGUGGAUCAGCCGUCAGAAAACUUUUUCUAGUAUCAUUUUAUGAGCUUCCAAGAGGCAAAAUUCUUAUUUUUUAGUGCAUCCGGUUUACCAAGCCAAUCUUACAGGCACGGC